UUAGAGAUGCGCGAGACAUUCUAUCUUGUUUUCACAGCGUGGUUAAAACUUCAACGUGGUAUUUUGGAUGUGUCAUUCAAAUCUCUAAAAAAGAAGUGAAGGAAAAAAAGGAAAAGUUUUUUUUCUGCAGGAAAAAUUGUUGUUUUUCUUCGGGGAAAAAAUUAAAGGGAAAUAGUGAAUUUCAUGAGCAUAGCAUCGGCUAGUGCUGGUGCUUUUGGACAAUCAUCCAAGAAAGUGUGAUUUACGUGAAAUUUUGGAAAAAUGGUGGGGCUGGUGGAGCAGCAGAUGUCAGCUUUUCCAAUUAAUUCGCGAAUUAAAGUUUCUAAUGACUACGGGACAGUGAAAUUUUUCGGAGAGAUCAAAGGCUACUCUGGAUUGUGGGUGGGCGUUGAGUGGGAUGACCCACGUCGCGGGAAGCACAGUGGAUGCGUCAAUGAGAUCCAGUAUUUUGAGACAACAUGCCCAAAUGCGGGUUCCAUGAUUCGUCCGGGGAAGAUAGCACCCUUUGAUUCGCUGGCGGGGGCCAUUGAGAAGCGCUACGUGCUCAAUAUUGGUAAUCCCUUGGAUGAAAAUCUCAUGCGGGAGGCCAAGGAAAAUGUGAAGGCGUCCAUUUUUGAGUUUGUCGGUGCCGAGAAGAUUAUGAAGAAGCAAAGUCAUGUGGAACAUCUCGAAGACAUCUCAGUGGCAUACUCCAAUGCCCAAACUGCUGGGAAUUUGAUGCCCUUCUGCAAUUUGGUUACCGUCAAUCUCACAGCUACACUCAUUUGGAAUUGGAAAAUUGUUGCCGAUAUUGCCAGUCAGCUACCACGACUCUCCUACUUGAACCUCUCGCAAAAUCGUCUUGUCUUGCCGUCAGAUUUGGAUAUUGUUGACCUCGAACCAUCAUUCCGUCACUUGAAGGACAUUAAUUUAAGCGACUGUGGCCUGAGCUCCUUUGAGGACAUUCUCCACAUAGCUAAGCUGUUCCCAUGGAUUGAAUCCCUCUCGCUGCAGAAAAAUAACAUUUCACAGCUUAUUGCGCCGGAUUGCGAUGUUGUCUUCAAAAAUCUCCACUAUUUGGAUCUUCACAAGAAUAAUUUGAGCUCAUUCGACGAAAUUCUCAAACUUGGAAACAUUGUGAACCUAAAGGUACUUCUACUCAUGCAAAACGGACUACAGAGGAUCAAUCUACCGGAUUGUGAGGCAACGGAAUACGUGGAAAUCUUCCCAAAUCUAAUGGAAAUCAACUUGCGCGAUAAUCCGAUUGAAAAUGAGAUUGAAACAUUCAAUGAACUGGACAAACUCAAAUCACUCGCUAUUCUCAAUCAAACACCAGACCCAAAGUCGGGUUUUGAGAAUAUGUUUUCCAGAGCUGUGGGACUGAUUAGCCAUCUCAGGCAACUCAAUAAAAUAUCAGUUAAUUCAGGGAACAGACGUGAUGCGGAAUAUGACAUUUGGAAGCUGUACGGAUGGGAGUAUUUGCAAACAAGCGGGAGCCCCACGGAAAGAAAGAAAUUUAUGAAAAAGAUUCGUACCUACGGAAGGAUCGUUGAAAAAUAUGGCUCUCCAGAUGAAUCUCUCGUACGUCCGCAGGUGAAGGUUUCCUCAGUGGUUGCCGUGAAUCUUCUGGAUCCAGAAGCCAAUCGACUUGUACCGAAGAAACUCCCCAAAAAGAUGACAAUUCAGGCACUCCAGGGACUCGUUCUCAAGCUAUUCAAAUCAAAUGCAGGAAGUCUCCCGAUACUGAGCUAUGUGGAUGCUGAAAGGCAGGAUGUUUGUGUUGUCCUAGACAACAUGUCCAGGACACUGGAUUACUACUCAAUCCAGGAUGGUGAUACAAUCAUAAUUCAGUGGUAGGAAAACUUUUUGUGCAGCAAUUUAUCUUUUUGUUUACAAAAUUGAAAAGAAAAUAAAAUUUUAAGCACAUGACAAA